AUGGCUCAGGAAAAAAAUCAGCAUAAACGACAGGGAAACUCAUUCUACGGUGGACGGCCCCGACACACCCAGAACCGGCACAAGGCAAAGCUGGACGAGAUCAAAAAGUCGCUGACUCACCGAUCGAAUGUCAAGCGAAACUACUUCAAGAUGCUCAAGAAGGAGGGUCUCAGUAUACCCGAGCGAGAGUCCAAGUUCAGCGAGGACAAGCCUGAGACUGUUGAGAAGGCUGAGGAUGAAUCUGGAGAUGAAUCUGAGGGCUCUGCGGGCUCUGAGGAGGACGAGGAGCAGCAGGGAGGUUUCUUUGAGGGAGAAGCAUCUGGAUCUGAAGCUGAUGAUUUGGAAGACGGGUCUGACGACGACGAGAAGGACAAGGAAGAUCAAUCGGCCAAGCGACGAAAACCCCUGCCUGACCAACAGCCCCCUACCAAGCAGCAGCUGCGAGAAAUGCAUGAGAGCCAGAAGCCUCGAAAACCCAUGAACUUCAAGGAGCGAGCUGCGCUAGCCAAGGAGCGAAAGCAGAAGGCUCGAGAGGAGCGGGAGGCACAGAUUCAGAAGAAUAAGGAGGAUCGGGAAAGAAAGCUAAAGAAGCGGGCCAAGUUGACCAAGCAGAUGACCAAGACCACUCGAACCGGCCAGCCCCUGAUGACUCCUCGAAUUAACAAAAUUCUUGACCAACUCAAGCAGUAG